GUGGUAUAUAAGGUGGCGUUGGUGGUGAGACCAUUAUCACUUGUUACCAGUACAAGCUCGACAGCAACCAUGUUCUUCAAAGUUUUUACCUUCCUCGCCCUCGUGGCUGUGGCCCUCGCCAAGCCCGAGCCCAAGCCCGAACCCAAGCCUGAGCCGCAGUUGGUGGCGUACUCCGCUCCCGCCGUGGUACCCGCGGUGGGCUACUCCGGAUACUCGGCGUACUCCCCGUACGCUUAUUCUGCUCCGGUCGCCGCGGCCUCUGCCUACCCCUACGCCUACUCAGGAUACUACCUUCGUUAAAAACUGUUAAUACGACCGCUGGACAUAGCCUCUGAAAUACUUAACGAUUAUUAAAUGAACUUUUUAAGCAAAA